AUGGUAGUUACUGGUCAGAUUCGCUACUCUAUCCCAGAGGAAAUGAAGAAAGGUUCCUUUGUGGGGAACAUUGCGCAGGAUCUGGGUUUAGAUGUGAAAAGACUGCGGGCCGGUCGGGCCCGUAUCGUGACCGGAGACAGCAUUCAGUACGCAGAGCUGAACACAGACAAAGGGAUUUUGGUCGUCAGGGAGAGGAUAGACCGGGAGCAGCUCUGUGGUGACGUAUCUCCGUGUAGCUUUACUUUCGAAAUCAUUCUUGAGAAUCCAAUGGAAUUGCACCCUCUAACCAUUUUCAUUAAAGAUCAGAAUGACAACGCGCCUCAGAUUCUCUACCCAGUACAGACCGGUGUCUCUCAAGUAGCUGAAAUGGUGCCGCGUUCAGCAGAUGUUGGCUAUCUUGUCACUAAAGUGGUCGCUGUUGAUGUGGACUCGGGACAGAAUGCCUGGCUGUCAUAUAAACUGCUGAAAGCGACAGACAGGGCGCUGUUUGAAGUGGGCUUACAGAAUGGAGAAAUAAGAACUUUACGCCAAGUCACUGAUAAAGAUGCAGUGAAACAAAGACUUACUGUUGUAGUAGAGGACAACGGGCAGCCCUCUCGUUCAGCUACAGUCAAUGUUAACGUGGCGGUGGCGGACAGCUUUCCGGAAGUGCUCUCGGAAUUUACUGACUUUACGCAGGACAAGGAUUACAAUGAUAACCUGACUUUUUAUUUAGUCUUGGCCUUGGCUGCAGUUUCCUUCCUCUUCAUUUCAUGUUUAGUAGUUAUAAUAUCAGUAAAAGUUUACAGAUGGAGACAAUCUCGGAUCUUCUAUCAAUCAAAUCUCCCAGUUAUUCCGUAUUAUCCACCCUGUUACGCAGACGCAGGAGGUACUGGAACUCUGCAGCACAGGUAUAAUUACGAGGUGUGCAUGACAACUGACUCGAGGAAAAGUGACUGUAAAUACGUAAGACCUUGUAGUCAGGGCGUUCUAAUGAUGGAACCCAGCUCCACGGAGACCAUGCUGUGCGCCCAGAAAGAGAAAAACAUUGUGGACGAACCAGACUCGCCAUUGCAGUGCAAUGCGCGCUCGUACUUAUGCACGCAAUCAGCAGAGGUCCCUCCCCCCAUGACUACGCUCUUUUAG